CCAACAACCAAGGGCUGCAGACCUUAUAGUACAAUUCUGUUCUCUUGAUAAGCUUAGUGCAGUGGAGGACAGCAAUCAUGAUUGUCAAAGUAAGCCAAGCUGGAACAUAAUUCUGGCUCUGCCAGUGUAUUUUUUGACCUUAGAUAAGUCACUCCACUUUUUUUCUUAAUUUUCUCUCCUUACAGGGUAAUAAUAACAAAAAUAACUAAACUACUUCAUGGAGAACUUUAAAGGGCUGCCCAUAAAUACCGGAGUCACAGGGCUCACAAACCUCUCAGAAGCCGAGCUUCUUGAGGGAUAGGGAACUUUUUUCUUUUGAAUCAGCAGUAUCUUAUUUGUUUCUGUAAUACAGUUCCUGGCCUUUAAAAACUGUUUCAGUAAAUGCUGUAAAUUUAUGUACGUUACUAGGCAGAUUUUGAGUCGUCAGGCCACUGCCUCUCAAACCUUUUUCCUGUGAUCCUUUUCACAGGAAAAGGCCUAAAGGCCACCGCUAUUUGUUCAAGGAUAAAUACCCGAGGCGUUUACUUAAAAAUAUCCAAGUCUAGGAAAAUAAUUCUGUCUUCAGGGCACCAUUUCUCUUCCCGCAAUACGGCAUCCCCGGCUUGGGAUCUGGGUCUGGAGUCACUGGGAAGAGUUCGGUAAGGGAAGCUCAUUUUUCCCACCCUCUGAUUGGUCGGCUCGUACUCCACUCACACAGCUCGCGUCUGAUUGGCCAUUAUGGCACCCCACUCGGCCCGCGACUAGUUUGUGUGCCGGGACUGCGCGCUCAGGUCCUCGUUCUCGCCUCGGCUUCUGGGAUGGUGAGCUAGCUCUUCGGGCCACUGCUCUACAUCGCGGGUGCCAGAAAUUUCUCGAGUCUGAGCGGGUUGCUGCUUUUGUUAAGAGCAUAUCCAUGAUCCUGAUGGUGUUUUCAUUCACAAUAAAGUGCUCUAUUGCCCUUACUGAUUAACUGAACAAAUUCAGUUGAUAAUUUCAGUGACCCAGAUUCAAGCAAUAAUAUCUUUCUCUGGAAAUACGUGAUUUCGUCAGUUUCAUAUGUUCUAGGGGAAUGAAGCAUGUUGAGUCCACGAAGCAGAGGACAAUAAAGCUUCCUACUUAUACCAAGAGAAUCUCUUUGAAAGAUUCACCACAGGACUACCAGAGACACUAAUUUGAAUCAUCAUGUGCUGAAACAGCAGGACACUACUACCUUUGCACUAACAGGAAACAGAAUUAUGAUGUUUGCAAUUCUUUGAACUCCAGAAAGCCCAGGGAGUGAGCUGAAAAUCUGAAAAUGCGGCCAUGGACUGGUUCCUGGCGUUGGAUUAUGCUCAUUCUUUUUGCCUGGGGGACCUUGCUGUUUUAUAUAGGUGGUCAUCUGGUACGGGAUAAUGACCACCCUGAUCACUCUAGCCGAGAACUGUCCAAGAUCCUGGCAAAGCUUGAACGCUUAAAACAGCAAAAUGAAGAUUUGAGGCGAAUGGCUGAAUCUCUCCGGAUACCAGAAGGCCCCAUUGAUCAGGGGCCAGCUUCUGGAAGGAUUCGUGCUUUAGAAGAGCAACUUGUGAAGGCCAAAGAACAAAUUGAAAAUUAUAAGAAACAAACGAGAAAUGGUUUAGGGAAGGAUCAUGAAAUCCUAAGGAGGAGGAUUGAAAAUGGAGCUAAAGAGCUCUGGUUUUUUCUACAAAGUGAAUUAAAGAAAUUAAAGAAUUUAGAAGGGAGUGAACUCCAAAGACAUGCAGAUGAAUUUCUGUCAGAUUUGGGACAUCAUGAAAGGUCUAUAAUGACGGAUCUAUACUACCUCAGUCAAACAGAUGGAGCAGGUGAUUGGAGGGAGAAAGAGGCCAAAGAUCUGACAGAACUGGUCCAGCGGAGAAUAACAUAUCUUCAGAAUCCCAAGGACUGCAGCAAAGCCAAGAAGCUGGUGUGUAAUAUCAACAAAGGCUGUGGCUAUGGCUGUCAACUCCAUCAUGUGGUCUACUGCUUCAUGAUUGCGUAUGGCACCCAGCGAACACUGAUCUUGGAAUCUCAGAACUGGCGCUAUGCUACUGGUGGAUGGGAGACUGUGUUCAGACCUGUAAGUGAGACCUGCACAGACAGAUCUGGCAUCUCUGCUGGACACUGGUCAGGUGAAAUAAAGGACAAAAAUGUUCAGGUGGUGGAGCUCCCGAUUGUAGACAGUCUUCAUCCUCGUCCUCCAUAUUUACCCCUGGCUGUACCAGAAGACCUUGCAGAUCGACUUGUUCGAGUCCAUGGUGAUCCUGCAGUGUGGUGGGUGUCUCAGUUUGUCAAAUACCUGAUCCGCCCACAACCUUGGCUGGAAAAGGAAAUAGAAGAGGCCACCAAGAAACUUGGCUUCAAACAUCCAGUUAUUGGAGUUCAUGUCAGACGCACAGACAAAGUGGGAACAGAAGCUGCCUUCCAUCCCAUUGAGGAGUACAUGGUGCAUGUUGAAGAACAUUUUCAUCUUCUCGCUCGCAGGAUGCAAGUGGAUAAAAAAAGAGUAUAUUUGGCCACAGAUGACCCUUCUUUAUUAAAGGAGGCAAAAACAAAGUACCCCAGUUAUGAAUUUAUCAGUGAUAAUUCUAUCUCUUGGUCAGCUGGACUGCAUAAUCGAUAUACAGAAAAUUCACUUCGGGGUGUGAUUCUGGACAUACACUUUCUAUCCCAGGCAGACUUCCUGGUGUGCACUUUUUCCUCCCAGGUCUGUCGAGUUGCUUAUGAAAUCAUGCAAACAUUGCAUCCUGAUGCCUCGGCAAACUUCCAUUCUUUGGAUGACAUCUACUAUUUUGGGGGUCAGAAUGCCCACAACCAGAUUGCUAUUUAUCCUCACCAACCUCGAACUGCGGAUGAAAUUCCUAUGGAGCCUGGAGACGUCAUUGGUGUGGCUGGAAAUCACUGGGAUGGCUAUUCCAAAGGUGUCAACAGGAAACUGGGAAGGACGGGCCUAUAUCCCUCCUACAAAGUCCGAGAGAAAAUAGAAACAGUCAAGUACCCCACAUAUCCUGAGGCCGAGAAAUAGAGCUUAAGAUGGAUGGGAAGGACAACCAAACUCAGUUCAAAACAUUUGAGCCGAACAGUAGAUGAAGAAGGUCCUGGCUAACAACACGUGGUUGUAUGUGCAGACACCCUCAGCACCGGGAGCACCUUAGGACUGACAGAUGCUUCAUGGGUGGAAUUCCUCUCCAACAAGGGCUACGAUGCCCAGAACCCAAGGACGACGGUCCAAUAGUGUACUCACAUAUAACAUGAAAACAGGUUGUUUUCUACUUUGCGCCUUCUUUCAAGAUUGUGUCUCCAUGAAAAAAACACUGCCACAUUGUGUAAUUUAAGUGACACAGAUGUUUUGUGUGAGACUUCAAACAUGGUGCCUAUAUCUGAGAGACCUCUGAGACCUAAUGAGAAAAUCUGAAUAGCUCCCUGUGGUGGGGAGGUUAAUUAUUUGCCAGUGGUGGUAUUGUAACCACUGAAUCCACUCCAAUCAGCAGAUUCAGAAUGAGAAUGGAUGUUUUUGUCUGGAAUUUUUUUUAAGUAAUUGCAUCAGUUCAUCCACCUCAUCUUUAGUAAGUGAAGGAGGUACAUCAAAAUAAAAUAUUCACACUCCAUUGGGAACUUUUGUAAAAUGAUGCCAUGAACAGAUUCUUUAGUAUUCUGUGUUUGGACAUUCUCUUUGAUAACAAAAAAUAAAUUUUAAAAAGAGGAA